AUGGCCGAGCCGCAACCAUCGAACGUGACUGAAGGAGCAGACCCACCGGAUGUCAUCCCCGCUACGGCCGAAGACCGCAAAGCGGCACAAGCAAUGUCGUCGUUGGACGCAAAGGGCGACGAUAAUGCCGCUCCCAAGAAAGAGGUGGAUUUGAAGGCGUUGGAAAAAGCAAUGAAGGACUUUGAGAUCAAUCAGAAACCGAAGACAUCGUCAACAGGAGGAACGGCGGUCAAGAAGGAGGAAGCACCAAAGAAGAUUGUGAAGGUGGACCCGGCCGAUGUGGCAUUACUGAUUGAUCAGCUGGAUCUGAACAAGGCGAAGGCUACUGAGCUUCUUCGCGAGCAUGAUGCCGAUGUGCUGAAGGCCAUGAGGACGUGGGUUUCGAGUGCUGUCUAACACCUCGACGAUUCAUUUCGACAUUGCGUGAUCUAUCGCAUGUCGCUUUACCUGGGCGACCUACCAUGAUGGGCGAGUGUCAACCAGGUGCAACGCUAGGCGUCCUUCCGCAAGGUCGACAACGGAAGGACAGCCGGAGAGCCAUUGUGCGGCACCACACGAGACACACCUCAAGGAGGAUUUUAAACGACGUCCGACCGACUAGUACUCAGCCCGGGAUAGUUCGCCAACGGAAUAGAACAUGCCGACACGAUCCUGGGGGACGAGUUUCGGUGAAUAAUGUCAAUAAUUGUGUGACGAAGAACCCAGCUGAAUACAGCCCUGCACGAAGGAGCAUACACCCUAUACGAAAGAAC